AACAUUAGGCUUUAAUGUAGUUUAAACGUAGUUACACUGCCCCCUACAGGUACACGGUGGUAGUGACACUUGCAAUGACACCACUGCGUCCUCCGUUGCUAGGUUAUAUAUUCUUCCGGAAAGACCAAGCCCACACCGACGUCGUUUAACGUUUUUGAGAAAUUCUCCUUUAAAAAGCUCUUAAAAUAUAAUUAAAUGUUAUUCUAAGCUUUUAUGAUUACGUUACAAUAACUAAGGCUUUUAUUGUGAAGUAACUGAAGUGGGCGUCACUGUGUCUAUCUUCACGACAACGCCCGGGAUUAAUAAAUAUACGGUUAGCUUGUUAGCCGUAAAACCUCAUGCAUGCCGUUAUUUAAUGUUAGCUUGUGCUAUUAGCAGUGUUGACAACCGGUCUCUGUGUUACGGUAUGAGUUUAGCCAGCUAACGACCGUGUGGUGAGAUUGCAUCACUGUGUGGGUGAUGCUCUGCAGCAGUGCUGGGUGUUUCCAGCCGCCUGCUAACGGAGGCUGGCCGGCUAGCUGCUGCUGAUGACUCGCUGUUUCCUGACAUUCAUCUGCAGAGGGAGGCACCAUGGCCGGUAAGGUGAAGUGGGUGACGGACAUUGAGAAAUCAGUGCUCAUCAACAACUUUGAGAAGAGGGAUUGGAUACAUGUCACCGAAAACGAUGACUGGAAUUUCUAUUGGAUGAGCAUCCAGACCAUCAGAAAUGUGUUCAGCGUGGACACCGGCUACCGCCUGACCGACGAGCAGAUGGUUAACCACUUUCCCAACCAUUACGAGCUGACCAGGAAGGACCUGAUGAUCAAGAACAUCAAACGCUACCGCAAGGAGCUGGAGAAGGAAAGCAGUCCGCUGGCAGAGAAGGACGAGAAUGGGAAAUACAUUUAUUUAGAUUUUGUCCCUGUGACGUUCAUGCUCCCGGCCGAUUAUAAUCUCUUUGUGGAGGAGUACCGCAAGAACCCAUCCAGCACGUGGAUCAUGAAACCCUGUGGGAAGGCUCAGGGCAAAGGGAUCUUCCUCAUCAACAAACUCUCCCAGAUCAAAAAAUGGUCCAGAGACAGCCGCACCUCAUCGUUUGUAGCUGCAAACAGCGGCAAGGAGGCCUACGUCAUCUCUCUGUACAUCGACAACCCUCUGCUGAUUGGAGGGAAGAAGUUUGACCUGCGCCUCUAUGUUCUGGUGACCACAUAUCGACCUCUGAAAUGUUACAUGUACAAGCUGGGCUUCUGCAGGUUCUGCACAGUCAAGUACACACCCAGCACCAGUGAACUGGACAACAUGUUUGUUCACCUCACAAACGUGGCCAUCCAAAAACAUGGGGAUGACUACAACCACGUCCAUGGAGGAAAGUGGACGGUCAGUAACCUGCGUCUGUACCUGGAGAGCACCAGAGGGAAGGAGGUGACCAGCCGGCUGUUUGACCAGAUCCACUGGAUCGUCGUGCAGUCCCUGAAGGCUGUGGCUCCUGUGAUGAACAACGACAAACACUGUUUUGAGUGCUACGGGUAUGACAUCAUUAUUGAUGACAAGCUCAAGCCAUGGCUUAUCGAGGUGAAUGCCUCCCCCUCAUUGACUUCCAGCACAGCCAACGACCGCAUCCUGAAGUACAACCUCAUCAACGACACCCUCAACAUCGUCACGCCCAACGGGGACAUCCCAGACUGCCGCUGGAAUCGCAGCCCGCCCCGCGAGGCUCUGGGCAACUAUCAAGUCCUGUACGAUGAAGAGCAGGCUCAGAGCGAGAAUGCUGAGCGGGACCUGCGGAGCCGCUCGGGUCAGUCCCUGGGGUCGAAGGGCACCAAGGGGAGUGCAGGCGUUCGCCCUGCCGCCGCCACCUGGAAGUGAGGUGACAUUGCUGGCUCUUAAUGACUUCCUCUUCAUCAUUACAGAGUCCAACAGUGGGCACAGUGGAUAAAGAAGAAACCAGACUUUUUUUUUUUAUCCUUGCUUUUGGAUGGAGGACUGCUGACCCUGUCUCCACAUUUCUCUAACUGAGGGGCGACAACCCCACUGCUGCAGGGGAGGAAAAUCAAUAUUGUUGUCAUAUUUGGAGAAUUAACAGGCCUGGGUUUGUGACUGUUUGUAUAAAUAAGUAACUAAAAAUACAGACAUUAUGUUGGUGGGGUCAAUGUCCCAACAGCUGCUUGCACCCUGUGAAGAUAAGGAACAAAUAAAUGAGAGAAAGAAAAAAGUCCCUGAAACCUUGAAAGUGGAAAUUUGUAAAAAGGAAGGAUCUGUUUGGAUGGCAAGGGGUGGUACAAUGGCAACUACGCAAGAGAAAAGCAAGUAGUUAAUUAUAUAAACCAAUGGGAUUACAAUCCAACGCAACAAGGAGGAAUAAAACCACCUGAACUAUGCAUGAUUACGAGUCCUGAAACUUUAACUUGACCCCACACAGGUGCUAAAAAGAAGGAACUCUGAGAGAGGAAGUGGAAUAAAAAUAUACGGAGAACUAGAGGGACAGGAGAUUUAACUGAUACAAAGAGUGUAAAGAUAUAAUAUACUGAUAUAAUUAACUGUGCUUAAUGUGUGUGUCCAAGAUAGAAUUUAAUAAUGAUUUUAUAUGUUUAUUAUCAGUAUGCAUUUGCAGGGGGGCUUCAUUAAGAUUGUACUCAGAGCUGAACCCUGUUGCACUUUAUCAAGUUGUUUUCGCUUAAAAUGAAUAUGUUGCAUUUUCUGUUGCACUGAAGUCAUAUCUACUGCACAUCUUGAAUCUAAAUUAUAUAUAUGUGUUGGGAAUGUAUUAACUCAGCUUUACAAUUCUGCUACUACUGACAUGUUGAAAUAGCGAUGAUGACUAGCCUUUUGAUUCACUGAGGUAGGGCUAAAGUAUUAAGGUUUUUAGCAGUAUACUUGGUACUUUGAUACUUGCAACGUUACAUUUCAAACCAUUUUUUAUAUAGAAUGUAUUAGUUUACAAAGAUUACGGUAAUUUAAAGUGAAGAAGGGGUCAAUACACUCACCCAUCAAUCAAGGCUAAAGUCAAUGAUCAAGAUUAUCAUAUUAAUCUCUUUUAUUUACUCUAAAACAAAGGUGAUCUUCUGUAUGUUGAUGAAAGAAAAAUAGAGAAAGGGUAAACACACCAGUGACGUGAUUAAGAUUAAAUUCUAAGGGGUCUUAUAGCCUUUGAUAAAGCAAGUAUCUGGAGUUUAGAUUUAUCAGAGGUCAAUCUUUCAAAAGCCAAACGACCUUUCCGUUCCUGCUGUUACUGACAGUAGAUUAAGCCUCUGCAUGGCACUGUUCCUCGUCCUUGACAUUUUUACCCUUCCCCACCACCUCUACCUUGUUGUUUCCACAUGAGCCGUUACUACAUGCAGAAUUUUCAUUUGUCAAGGUGUGUCAGCCAUAAGCGUGUAAAUGUGUUGUUGUGAGAUCUCUUACCAAAUUCCCCUUAACCAUCUGAUCUGUAUGGGUCAGUGUUUGGCAGAAAGACACUCACAUCAUGACCACAUUUACUUUAAUUUAACUCUCAGCUGUGAGCUUACAUGAUGGUAGGUUCUCACUUCUUUAUUGUGGUUAUAAACUGUGCAGCUGAUGUUGUGUACAUGACACAAAGCUUUUUUUUGUUUUUAGCUUUGCAGCACUGAGAUCUCUUUCUAUGAGAAAUGCAUUGUUUCCCUUUAGUUUGUAUCUACCU